CACCUAUGAGAUGACAGAUACCACACCCAACCUGAAUGGGGCUGGCUUGAACUUCUUCAGUAUAAGAUCUGAAAACAACAGGGGGGUUAUAUCCAUUGUUCUACCCUUGUAUACUGACAAUCAAGAUACACCAGUGUACACGUUUUCCGUCAGGGCUCGUGAUAAUGGAAGUCCUACUCAGUUUUCUGUGGAUCAAGCUUCAGUAAGGAUCACCGUGUACAGAAACUUAUUCCCACCCAUCUUCCAAGGAACACCUUACACAGCUACUCUUAACUUCAACAGUGUCAGUGGUACUACUGUCAAACAAGUCAACGCCACAGAUGCUGAUGCACAGAGUCCCCACAACGUUGUGACCCACUCUAUCAUUGGUGAUGCUACAGCACAAACUUUGUUCAGCAUUAACGCUGCCAGUGGUUUGAUCACAACUCGUCAGAGUCUGCUCAAUAACAAUGUGGAAUCCUCUUCAAUUCUGAUUGAGGCUAGAGAUGGGGGCACUCCCAGUCUAUCUGCCACAUCUACAGUAAGCGUCACCAUUUCCAGAAAUCUGAACCCCCCAGAGUGGGUCAGCACAUCUUACACAGUCAACAUUACAGAAACCCAAGAUCUGGGAGUCACUAUCACCAACAUGAAUACAAGGGAUGCUGAUACUGCGUCGCCAUACAACACAAGAAUUACAACUUUAACGGGAGAAGCUGACAUGCUGCAAUUUUUCAGACUGACAGAGAAUGGCAGAUUGUCAGUCCAAAGACCUUUGACACUUUCAACAAGGAGAUCAUUCACAGGAACUGUAUCUCUACAAGAUGGAGGAAAUCCUCCUCUGACACCUACUGGGGUUAAAACAGCCACCAUCACAGUGUAUGUGUCCAGAAAUGACCACACCCCUUAUUUUAUCAACGACCCAUACUCCAAGGACUUGGAGGGUAAUAUUCAGACUGGGGCCAGUGUUCUACAGGUCACAGCCAGGGACAAUGAUCAGGGUCCGUUUGGUAUUGUUCGAUACAGAGUAACUGGAGACGAUCUGGCACCUACCUAUUUCCAGGUUGACCCCACGUCUGGUUUGAUUACUGUUAGGAACGUCUUGAGUGGUGUUAAUCAAGAUCAGUUUAAGGUAAGAAUAGAAGCCUAUGACCAGGGAAGCCCCAGCAAGACCAAUGUUACAGUCGUAACCCUGACAGUAAAAAGCAACUAUCAACGUCCAAUCUUCAACCGUCUUUCGUAUGUGGCACGAAUCCCAGAAACACAGAGUCUAGGUCAACAGAUUAUUGCAGUGACUGCAAAUGACACUGACGCAUUGGCACCAAACAAUGUUGUGAGAUAUUCCCUGACUGCUGGACCAGAGGAUAUUGAGUGUUUCCUUAUUGAUGCUGUGACAGGAAGUCUGUCUUUGAGACGGUCCCUCCUGUAUGACCCAUGUAGAGGGGAUAGAUAUCAGAUGACUGUCACUGCCACGGAUCAAGGUUUGAAUCCUCUCUCAAAUUCAAUUACCGUCACGGUGGAUGUGGAUCGCAAUGCCAAUCCCCCGAUCUUCCAAAACAUUCCCACAAUCAUUUCCAUCAAUGAGAAUCAACCCACUGGACAGGGCUUUUUCACAGUCACUGCAACAGAUGCAGAUACAGUGAGUCCCUUCAAUGACAUCCGAUACUCCCUGGUGGGUGAUGGUACAGCGACUGUGUACUUCCAAGUAGAUCAAUCAACAGGCCUUGUUACUCUGAGACAGACUGUUCAGGCCGACACAGCUUCUACAUACAGGCUGGCAUUCAGAGCUACUGACGGUGGAAACCCACCAAGGUAUGAUGAGAAAAUUCUGACGGUCAAUGUCAAUCGCAAUCUCCUCAGUCCUGAAUUUGUGAAGCAGGAUUAUGCUGUUACAAUCUGGGAAACUCAGGCCCUCAAUGUUUUAGUGGAGGAGGUCUUGGCCCUGGAUAAUGACACUAAGGCUCCACACAAUGAAGUAACAUAUGAAAUUGUGAGUGAUGCACUUGCUCAGAAUUACUUCAGGAUCGACACAGAGGGAAGAAUUUAUGUCAGGAUACCACUGACAGAUGACUCUGCCAAGACAGGCCUCUACACUUUGUCUGUGAGGGCCAAUGACAAAGGAACUCCUCAACGCUCCAGUAAUAACCUGGCCACUGUAAGAGUGACAGUCCUGAGAAAUAGAAACUGUCCAACAUUUACACCUUCCGUGGUCCCCAUCUCUAUUGACCAGUCCUCACUGAGUCGUAUGAUUUAUGAUGCCAAUGCUACAGAUCCAGACACAACUAAUACCCCAUUCAGCACAAUCAGGUACACUCUGAUUGGAGAUGAAAGUGCUCCUUCCUUCUUCAGAAUUGACUCUCAGUCAGGACAGGUUACUACAAUAGAGCCAUCUUUGUUCUCAGAUCAAGGCACUGUCUAUCAGUUGAGGAUUCAGGCUACAGAUGCUGUGAAUACUGCCACAAGCUGCUCAGGAAACCUUGUUUUGCGAGUUACUGUUAACAGAAACUUGAAUAGUCCAGUAUGGAUAAAUGUAAAUUCACCCAAUAACUAUGUGAGAACAAUUUUUGAGACUCAGUCUGUGACUCAGUUUGUGGUUAGGAUCCAGGCUACAGACAGUGAUGACAAGGCACCAAACAAUGUAGUCAGCUAUGCUAUGACUACCAAUUCCCCCAACAGAGAUUUGUUCUUUGUGGAUGUUGAUGGAUAUGUGUUCUUGAGGAACAGUCUUGUGGGACAAACUGGCGACCCUUACACAGUGAGGUUUGUAGCCACUGACGGUGGUGUUCCUGCCAGGACCAGCCCGGAGGCCACUCUGACUGUGAAUGUGAUUCGUAAUCAGUUCCCCCCAGAGAUCACCAAUCUCCCCACAACUGUCAACAUCUCAGAGAAUCAGCUUGUCAACCAAGAAAUUUUCAGGGUCACUGGCAGAGACAAUGACACAUCAGCUCCAUUCAAUACCUUUACCUUUGAACUGGUAGGAGACAAUGAAGCCACCACAUACUUCCAGGUGGCUCCCGGUGGUUCAGUUACCCUGCGACAAUCUAUUACCACAGACCCUUCUAAUUCCUUCCAGCUGCGUGUCCGAGCAAAGGAUGGUGGGACACCCCAGAGGCAGGAUGAGGAGCUACUGACGGUUAGAGUGGACAGAAAUCUACGGAGUCCAUUAAUGACGGCUAGGACAUACAGUGCCCGAAUUCUGGAGAUUCAAGCAGUAUCAGAGCCCCUGGUCACAGUGCAGGCCACUGAUGGAGAUACAUUUGCACCAAACAAUCAGUUGAGAUACUUUAUCGUGGGUUCUAACACAACCAUCACUGAUUACUUCAUGGUAAACGAAGACAAUGGCGGCGUCAUGCUGAGGAGAUCCAUGUUAGAUUACCCAAAUCAAGCAACAAGAUUUACAGUCAAUUUCCAAGUCAAUGCAGCAGACAGAGGAAGUGUUCCACGGACGGCUAACAACCCUCAGCUGGUGUCCAUUUCUGUGGUCAGAAACACAGCCCCUUACUUUGAGAAUGUAUUUACAUACCAGACCCAGGUGCAACAGAAUGCUGCCGGAGGCACGGUUGUAUUCACACCCUCAGGAAGGGACGCGGAUGCAGAUAGCCCUUUCAAUACUCUGACAUAUUCUCUGAUUGGAGAUGACCCAGCCCCCUCUGUGUUCCAAAUCAACCCAAGUACCGGAGCAAUAUCAACCAAACCAACAACAAACUUGACACAAACUUCUGGAAACUUUGUGGCUCGAGUGCAAGUGACCGAUGGUGGAUCGCCUCCCUUGUCGGAUACCGCGACAGUCUCCAUCAAUGUGGAAAGAAAUCUGAAUUCACCACGUUUCCUGCAUCUCAAUGACCUCACCGUAAAUAUCCCAGAAAUUCUAUCGGCUGGCUCAAACAUCAUUGACCUCAAUGCCACAGAUGAUGAUGCUUAUAUACCAAACAACGUCAUCUCAUAUGUCAUAACAGGAGGAGUUGGAAAUCCACUUGAAUAUUUUUUCAUAAACCCUGGCACAGGUGUUAUUGUCCUUCAGAAAUCUGUGAAAUCGAUCGCCACCAGUAAUUUCAGGCUGACAGUGGAAGCCAGAGAUCAAGGAAGUCCCCAGCGGUUUGCUACUGCCACAGUGCACAUUAAUGUACUGAGAGACAGUGGAGUGCUUACUUUCUCUGCCAAUAAUUACAAUGCUACUAUUAGUGAGAACACACCAGUCAGUGCAUCAGUUGUAACAACAGUAGCCUCUCCUGGGGCCAGCAUUGUGUAUACCUUGCUUGGUAUAGGAAGUGGACCUGAUUAUUUUGGUGUCAAUCCAACUUCAGGACAAGUGAAUGUUAUACAAGCCCUUACCCAGGACGCAUCUCGACUCACUUCCUACAGGUUGUUAGUUCAGGCAGUAAAUCAAGGAGUAUCAACACAGACUGCCACAUCUACCGUUAACAUUAUAGUCACCCGUAAUGAAAAUGGUCCAGUAUUCCAGCCUACUUCAUAUGUUGUCACUGUACAGGACACUAUUCCACUAGGUUCCAACAUAACUCAAGUAACUGCAAGUGAUGCGGACAAUGACCCAUUGAACUACAGAAUACUGAGUGGCUCCCCCUACACAGAGCUGUUUUAUCUGGACCCAGUGACAGGGGUCAUCACAUUGAAGGGUGUUCUCCUAGGAAGGACUGAAAACCAGUACACUUUCACAGUACAGGCCAGUGACCAGAGGACUCCAGAGAAAACCACCACGGCCAACGUCGUGGUCAAUGUGAUCAAGGAUCAGUUCAGCCCUGAGUUCAUCCGCACUCCGUAUAAUGUUCAAACGACCGAGAAUACCCCAGACGGAACCAUCAUCUUCAACACAGAGGCCAUAGACCGAGAUCUUAAAGAGAGAAUUGUAUACACUGUUAUUGGUGACAAUGCUGCUCCAGCCUUUUUUGGUGUGAUCUCUGACAGAGGGAAUAUAACGAUUAUAAAUCAAGCCCUUCUCAGAAAAGAUGUGGGCACCACAUACACACUCCGUCUCACUGCCCAUGAUACACGAUAUCCCAACAAUAAAGCCAAUGCCACUGUCACCAUUACUGUGAGGAGGAACCUGAAUGCUCCUGUUUUCUCCCUACCAAGCUACAGUCGAACAGUUCUGGACACAAUUCCUCUUGGAGAUCAAGUGGUUCAAGUUAACGCAACAGAUGCUGAUGGAGAUCAAAUUCGAUACAGCAUAAUUGGUGAUUCCAGAGCCCAGACUUACUAUUACAUAAAUCCAGAAACAGGCUGGAUCACAAUUAAAAGACAUCUGACCACAGGAAAUCAGGAUAAUGACCAGAUUCAAGUCCAGGCCUGUGACCAGAGAGAUCCACAGAACUGUAGACAGGCUCUAGCUUUCAUCACAAUUGACCGUAAUAAGGUGUCUCCAGUGUUUGUAAACACUCCUUACAGCAGGAGCUUAGGACAGGGCACCCCUGCCUCGCAAACCGUUGUCUUCACAGUCAGUGCUACUGAUCAAGAUAUGAACCCAAAUACAGGAAGUAUCAUGUAUGAUGUGAUAGGAAACUACCCUGCUCCAUCAUUUUUCUCAUUGAAUACAACCACAGGACAAAUCAAUGUUGCCCGGGGCUUAAUGGAGGACAGCUUACAGAGAUCUCAGUAUGAUCUGGUUGUAAUAGCCUAUGACACCCAGUAUCCUACAGACAGAGCCACGGCCACUGUUACCAUUGUCGUCAACCGCAAUCCUAACCCUCCAGCCUUUACCCAGUCUAUCUACAGUGUUCAAGUAGCUGAGAGUUUACCUCUAGGAAGUAACAUUACACAGGUUUCAGCAUCAGAUGCAGACAAUGAUCCUGUUUCCUAUUUCUUCAGUUCAGGAGGGAACACCGGGGCAGAUGAUUUAAAUUUCUUUUAUCUGAAUGCAGAAACGGGAGUCAUAACGCUAAAGUCCCUACUCACUUCAACAUCAACUAAUACAUUUACGUUUGAUGUAACAGCAAGGGAUCCUAGUGGUAAAGUAGGAAGUGCUCAGGUCAAUGUACUUGUCAUCAGGGAUCAACCCCCAGUGUUUGAGGGGACACCUUACAGAGUACAAAUUGUUGAGAGCCAGCAAACUAACUUGAGAGUGUACACAGUCAGUGCAAGGGAUCCUGAUCGGAAGGGUUCAAUUGUGUAUGGUGUAGCUGGAUCAUUGAAUGCUCCUUUCUUCUUUGGAGUUGAUAACUCGAGUGGAGAGGUUGCUAUCAACAACGACUUGAGAAAAGACAUACAACAGCAGUAUAAACUUGUCGUCACUGCAUAUGACAGCGGUUCUCCUGGAAAAACGGCCACUGCUACUCUGACAAUUGAUGUCACUAAAAACCCAUCCAACCCCCAGUUUGGUCUGCCAUCUUACACCACAACCAUCUGGGAAGACAGAGCACCAGGAUCCAAUAUUCUUAACAUCACAGCAACUGAUGCAGACAACGACGUUCUGCGGUUUGACUUGUUGAGUGAUGGCACUGCGGCAUCAAACAGGGCUUUAAUGUAUUUCUCAUUGGACCCCACCAAUGGUCAGUUCUUUGUGGCAAAAUCGCUAAUGGAUGACACAACUAAGGCUGCAGAAUACAAUUUGAAAGUACGGGUGCGAGAUCAGCAGUAUCCUGAUUAUGAGAAGUCGGCAGAGGCUAAUGUCAGAGUUAUAGUCAACAGAAAUCGGCAGAGUCCAUUCUUCCUGGGGACUUACGCAAGAGAGCUGUCUGAGAAUUCACCAAUUUCCAUAUCUAUUUUACAAGUGUCGGCCCAGGACUCUGACAGCCGGCCCACAAGUUCCCUUAGAUAUGAAGCUACAGGGUUUGGCUCAGCACCAUACUUCUUCUAUCUAUCACCAACUAAUGGGUCCAUAUAUAUCCAGAACGACCUCAGAUCAGAGAAGAAUGUCUUCCAAUAUGUUCUUCAAGUCCAGGCCUAUGAUGUAGCAUAUCCCAAUGACAGAGCAACAACAAAUGUAACAAUUACAAUUACACGCAAUGAAAACGCACCACAGUUUGACAGAGUCCAAUACUCUGCCAACAUCAGUGAAAGCACUGCCAUUAAUGUGGUAGUUUUACAGCUCAAUGCAACAGACAGGGACAUUGGGGACAGGAUAACCUAUGGAUAUGAUGGAGCUAAUCCAGUUCCGUUCACUCGGCUUUUCUCCUUGAGUCCCAACACUGGUGUCAUCACCGUACAGGCUGACUUAACCACUGACUUGCAGCCAGCAUAUACAGCUACAGUGUAUGCAUAUGACAACAGUAACCCUGAGAGGAAAACUGCAGUUCAAGUGAUCAUUUCAGUGUAUCGAGACCGCUCGUCACCUCAGUUCUCUGUUGGAAACCAAACUGUCACUGUGUCAGAAAAUGCUGCCAUUGGGACAUCAGUCGCUGCACUUUCUGCUGAUGAUUCUGAUCGAGUGGGAGUUGUUACUUAUGAAGUGACAGGUGUCUACCCUGCUCCCAGUCUGUUUUCAGUUCAUCCAACAAAUGGCGUGGUGUCUGUUGCCAAGGACCUACAGUUUGAAGCUGUCAGAUCUGACUCGCAGUACAGACUAACGGUAGAAGCCUAUGAUUCCUUCCGUCCUAACAGGAGGGCCUCUGCCACUGUAACUAUCUUAGUUCUCAGGAACCCCAGUACCCCCACCUGGGCACUGCCUGCAUAUGCAGCCACUAUCAGGGAAGACCAUCCACCAUUCUCAAGCAUUGUUCAAGUAACUGCCACAGAUCAGGACCAAGAGGACAAACUCAGCUAUGAUAUUGUGAAUGAAAUAGAUGAGAAAGCACUCAGCAGUGGAGCAUCUGAUAACUUCUACAUUGACACAGAUACGGGCAUGAUUUACCUGAAGAAGAAUCUCAUGAACACGCCAUUCACCAGAUUUAUUUUGACAGUUCAAGCUUGUGACGAUGGUGUGCCUCACAAGUGUGCUAAUACAACUGUAACCAUCACCAUCAGUGAAGAUAAAAACGCCCCAGUGUUCAACAAUGCUCCAUUUAUUAGGACAAUCAAUGAAAACUAUGUUGUCGGACAAGAGGUUCUCGUGGUGACUGCCGUUGACAACAAUGCACUUGCUGCAAUUAGAUAUAUGAUGGAACCUCCUGUGCCAAGAUAUUUUGCUAUUGAUGAAGCAACUGGAAACAUUACUGUUGCCAAGUCACUCAAUACAUCCUUGGAGACAACAUACAGUUUCAAAAUCUCAACCUAUGACAGUGGAGAGCCACAGUAUAAGUCUACAGCUGAUGUCACCAUCAUCGUUAUUCGUAACCUGAAUCAACCCCGCUUCCUUCAGAAUCCCUACAAUGUACAGGUUGAUCAGAAUGCCAACUAUGGGUCUACAGUGGUCAAUACCACAGCAGUAGAUGAUGACAAGGAUAUUCUCCGCUAUACGAUGACUGGUUCUGGUAAUUCCCAGAUACAGUCAGAAGUUCAGAUGUAUUUUGACAUUGGUCCUGAUGAUGGAGUAGUCUACCUUAAACAGUUACUGACCAAUGUUCCCAGGCAAUCAUACACGUUAUUUGUAUUUGCAAGAGAUCAGCGUCCUGUAAAUGAAAAAACUGGCACGGCCACAGUGAAUGUGGUCAUCGAUUUUGAUGAAACUCCCCGUUAUCUUGACAACCUACCUUACAGAGCCAACAUUAUAGAGUCACAAACCAUAGAUUCACUUGUAUCUCAACUAAGGGCGCAAGAUCCCGAUCUGAAGGGUGAUCUGACCUAUGAGGCCAUUGGAAUGUACCCUGCUGAAGAUUACUUCAGUGUCAACUCCUCCACUGGAGCUGUUAGGUUGAUCAGAGAUCUGAAAACCGAUCCCUCUGGACUUACAACUUACACUCUGCGUGUUGUGGCUUAUGACUCCCUGUAUCCACGACUAAAAGCAACAGCAGACGUUAUAAUCAGUGUCACCAGAAAUCCAUUUGCCCCUUCAUUCUCUCCCUCGGCCGACUACAGCGCCACAGUACAGGAAAAUGUCACUCUGGGCUACUCAGUCUUAGACAUUAAUGCUACGGAUGUGGAUAAUGAUCCAGUGACAUUUGCCAUUGUGGCCUCAGCACCUGCUGGUGGAGAAAAUUUCUUCUACCUUGACCCAAAUUCUGGGCUUUUGACAACCAAGAGGCUGCUGACAACAGCCCCAAAUAACUUUUAUCAGAUGACAAUCCAAGCGUCGGAUGGGAGAGGCAGAGCUGCUAAUGCCACGGCCAGAAUUACCAUCACCCGUAUUCCUACAGACCAGAGGCCAUUCUUUGUUUCUACCCCUAACAGAACCAUAACAUUCAGAGAGGCAGUCAACAGUCAAAUUGUCACUGUGAUCGCACAAGAUCCUAAUCCAGUGGGAAGCAUAAGAUAUGAACUUGUUGGAAUUUAUCCUGCUCAAGAUUUCUUUGCUGUCAACCCUACUACAGGAGUGGUGAAUCUGAUAAAAGAUCUUGCUACCGACAAUUUUGAAACUAUGCAGUACACUCUUCGACUUGAAGCAUAUGAUACAAAUAACCCCAACCUGAGAGCAGUUGGUCUGUCCUUUAUCACCGUAAUCAGAAACCCAGCCUCUCCAGUAUUUGAAGUUGGUGAUUACUCCAUGUCGAUAGAAGAAAUUCAGCCAGUGGGAUCCAUUCUACUGGAAGUUAAUGCUACAGAUAAUGAUGGGGAUCAAGUACUGUAUGAUGUUGUACAAGACUCUAAUGGAAUCCAAGCUAAUGAGUUCUUCUUGGUGAACAGAGAAAAUGGCAAGAUUUACCUCACUAGAGAUCUGAGAACCACCACUCUAAAUUCAUUCACGUUCCAAGUAAGAGCUCGUGACCAAGGUCGUCCGGAGAAGUUCUCCACAGCGCGAGUGACAUUCACCAUCAGAAGAGACAAUGGUCCUCCUUCUAUGCAGCGGGAAUAUUUUGCCCAGAUAGCUGAAACCGAACCGGUCAACAACAUCAUUCCCUUUACUUCUAUCCAGGCCUUGGACAACAACAUAAGGGGUUCCUUAGUGUAUGAAGAAGAAGGGGACGGACUUGCCAUGUCAUACUUUGCUUUGAACAGAAACACAGGAGCAAUCACUGUACAGAAGAGCCUGCUUACAACCAAUGAAACAAAUUUUGUGUUGAGGGCCAUAGCUUACGACACUUACUACCCUGACAAUAAGGCCAACACUACAGUCAGAAUCACCGUGAUUCGUAAUCCUAAUGCACCACAGUUCAGCCAGAGUGCCUACGAAACAGAGAUCAACGAGUACCAUUCCUUUGGUGUCACUGUCUUCACUGUCUCUGCUGGGGAUGCUGACAAAGAUGUAGUAUUGUUUUCCAUUGAACCACCAAAUGACUACUUCUACAUUGAGAAAUACAGUGGCAGAAUCUACAUUCGAAGAUCUCCAAGUGAAAAUCCUUCUGUAUCAGAGUAUAAGUUCUAUGUUUUGGCCAGUGAUCAGAGGAGUCCACCAAGGAUCAGCAAUGCCACAAUGACCAUCAGAAUCAGAAGAAACCAGCCCCCUAGGUUCUUAAGAUUGCCAGAAUUUACCAGCACGUCUGAGAAUGCUGCUGAUAACUUUGUAGUGUAUACUGUGCAGGCUACAGAUCCAGACAAGAGGCCUGCUGCCAGACUGGUGUAUACAGUGGUUGGAGAUGGUUCUGGUCCAAGCUUUUUCACACUGGAUAACUCUACUGGAGAAGUGAGACCAAAAGCAGGACUGAGAAAUGACACAGCAUUACAAUAUGUGUUACGAAUCUCUGUUUAUGAUGAGGAUAUCCCUGACAUGAGGACCACCAGCACCUUAACAAUCAGUGUACUAAGAAACACAAACCAGCCUCUGUUUUCUCAGCGGUCCUAUGUCUACAACAUCACAGACACAACCAGACCCAGUACUGUGGUAGGACGCCCCACAGCUUCCGAUUUGGAUGGAGACAGGUUGCAGUAUUAUUACACAGCAGGGGAUGCAACUCAUCUUGAAUACUUCUAUGUGAAUAGAGACACAGCUGAAAUCAUCCUUAUCAAGAACUUGGACACUACAGCUUUAAGAACAUUCAAUCUGCAAAUAAGAGCAGAGGAUGGACGAGUUCCACUAAAAUCUGACACGGUUCAGGUCACCAUUAAUGUAGCCAGAGAUCUGGAGCUUCCAGUGUUCAUUAACAGACCCUACGUAUUCAACACUGAUGAACAGAAACCUGUGAACUUCACUGUUGGGUCUGUGUCAGCAGUCGAUCCAGAUAUCAGGGGUAGGAUUCAAUACGAGGUAGUAGGAAUUUAUCCAGCUCCCUCCUUCUUUGAUGUGGAUAAGGACACUGGAGCCAUUAGAAUCACAAGAGAUCUGAAGGAAGAUAAAUCGGCUACAGGAACCUAUGUGUUGAGAAUAUCUGCAUAUGACUCCAGAGAUCCCAGCAAGUUCACAACAGAAGAUGUAACAAUCAAUGUGGCUAGGAACCUUAGCCCACCAAGAUUUAGUCAAGACCCAUAUUCCAGAACUAUCACAGAAUUGUACCCCAUGGGAGUGCCUGUCCUCAACAUCUCAGCCACUGAUUCUGAUCAGGAUACUGUGUCGUACUCGAUUGUUCGAGACAAUACUGGUGGGAGUUCUUUGGUUUAUUUCUACAUUGAUGCAAAUGGACGCCUGCAUCUGAGACAGCCACUGACAUCCCCUGGUGUACCAGGACAGUUCAGUAUGGUUGUUGCGGCUACUGAUUCUGGAAGACCAGCAAGAACAACGGAAGUGAAUGUGUUUAUCACUGUUACUAAGAUCAAUCCACCUAGAUUCCUCGGUACCCCAUACACAAGGAAUCUGGAAGAAAGAACAGCCAAUGGUACCAGUAUCAUUACUGUUCGUACGGAUGCCUCCACUGACAUUGUCUAUGAGAUAGUGGGAGAACCACCCGCACCAUACUUGUUCUUCGUGGAUCAAACUGGAGAUAUUCAUAUUAAGAGGGAUUUGACAACAGAUAAAUCCAUGCAAUACACGAUAAGAGUUCGAGCCUACCAGAGAAACACACCAUCCAAGUACUCUGAAACGGAUGUGAUAGUCAACAUGCUUAGAAAUGUCAACCCACCAGUGUUUACACCAGACAGAUUUGACAUUAACAUUAACUAUGAUGAUCCUGUGGGCAGUAGAAUCAUUCAAGUACAGGCUGCAGAUGCAGAUCAGGAUAACCUUCAGUACAGUAUUACUGGAGAUGCUGCUUGUCAGAAUACAUUCUACAUUAUCAGUGCUACAGGAGAAGUGUUCCUGGGCAAAAACCUAAAAACCACCUCAGAUGUCACAUUUAGGUGUACUUUGAGUGUGACAGACAAUGGGUAUCCAACACCAAAAGUUGACACUGCACCAAUGGUCAUCAAUGUAAUCAGGGGAACUAACCCAGUCUUUGGAUCUCAAGACACCACUGUCAAUUUGCGUGAAGAUGUACCACUGAAUACUCAAGUCGGAAACCCCAUCACAGCAACCAGAAUUCCUGCACCCCAAUUUCCCGAUACUAUGGUGUACGAGAUCAUCGGCCAGUAUCCAGCUCAGAGCUUCUUUGGUGUCAAUAAUGCAACUGGUCAGAUAAGUGUCAUUCAGGAUCUGCGCUUGGAUGGAUUAAAGACCACUCAAUACAAGGUGUUGGUCCUGGCUUAUGGAACUGACAAACCAGACCUUAGAAGCACGGCCACAGUGACCGUUAAUGUACAGAGAAACCUGAAUGGACCGAGAUUCUUCCCCCAGACAGACAGGAUAGAGUUACCAGAAACUACGGGUAUAGAUUUCUGGUCCAUGCCUCAGAAUGUCACAGAUCCAGACAGUUCCAAGAUCACCUGCUCCAUCAUAUCAGAUGCUAAAUCUGUGGAGUACUUUAAAGUAGACCCAGACACUUGUGUACUGUCACUGAGAAAAUCUCUUAAAGAUGACCCAGACUUAACAACAACAUACAAUGUUGUUAUUCAAGCAACAGAUAAUGGACAGCCACCUCAGUCCAGCCAAAAAACCGUAGUUGUCACCGUCCCUAGAGAUUUAAGUAAACCCCGAUUCCAGAAUCUGCCACAGACAAUAACUAUUGAUGAAACCAGACAAGCUGGUUCCUCAGUGUUUGUUGUCUCAGCAACAGACGACUUGAGAGGUAGACUCCAGUACAGUAUCGUGGGAGAUCUUCCAGCUCCAAGCUUCUUCCAGAUUGAUCCCAACACUGGCAACAUGACCCUCCGAAAUUCCCCCAAGUCUGAUGGACUGGCAAGCAGCAGUUACACUGUAAGAAUUCAAGUUAUUGAUGAUGCUUGGCCCAACAAUCCUGAGUAUGGUGAGCUAACAGUGCAAGUGACCAGAAACAGACAAGGCCCACAACUCAAUCCAUCCACUUACAACCAGAAUAUCAGGGCCAGUAACCCUGUAGGUUCUACCAUUGUGACCAUUGGAGCCUCAGACCCAGAUGGGGAUAAACUUGUAUUUGUGAACCGUGGAACAGCCAAUGACAAGAAGUAUUUCUUUGUACAACCCGAGACGGGAGCUGUGAUUCAAAUUGGAGACUUGACUGAAUUGACAACCCAGACAACUUUCCGAUUCAACGUUGAUGUGUCAGACACUCGCCAACCUCAGAACACGGUGACGGCUAGUGUUACUAUUACGGUCACCCCAUUAAGCGGACCCCCAGUAUUCACCCAGAAUUAUUACACUUUUGAUACCUCCAUAGUAACACCUGUCAAUGCCUCUGUUGGAACUGUGUCCGCUGUUGAUAACGACCUACAGGGAGCUGUGGUGUACAAAGUAAACGGAUUUACUCCAGGCACGGAAUACUUCAGAAUGGAUCCAGCCGGAUCUUUUGUCUAUAUUAGAGUGAACAAAAGAUUGUUGGACAAUCCUAGUGUUACUUCAUACUUGCUGUUGCUGGAGGCUUAUGAUGACCAGUACCCAGAAGAUAAAUCCUACGCUUCAGUCACCAUAAAUAUCUUGAAGAAUGUCAACCCACCCGUCAUUGUUCCUUCCCAGAUGUCAGCCACAGUGAAUGACUAUGACCCACCGGGAACUCCAGUUAUUGAUGUCAAUGCCACUGACUUGGAUCAAACUCUCCCGGAGAAGACCCUACUGUAUACUAUAGAGGCUGGACGUGAUCCCAUGGAAUACUUCACCAUUGAUCCUAUCUCUGGAUUAAUAUCUGUGGAUAGAAGGCUCUCUGAAGACCUCAGUAGACCCUCUGAAUAUGUGCUGCGAGUCAUUGCUCGAGACACCAGUGCUACUCCCCAGUCGGCCACAGCUACAGUGACAGUAAGCGUCAACAGGAACACCAGGCCACAGUUUGUUGACCCCGCCCGUUUUGUAUUCAGCCCCUCAGAAGCCAGGGCUGUGUACGAUUCUCUGUUCGUCGUGUCAGCUACAGAUCCAGACUCACCAUUACUGUUGAAUGGACAAUUGGAGUUCUACUUUGUGGGACCGGUGAAUGCUAGUCGAGUGUUCGGUAUUGAUCCAGUCUCUGGUAGUAUUUUCCCACGCAUCAGCUUACAAGAUGUCACUCAGGAUCGCUGGACUUUCACGGUGGGAGUCCGAGACAAGGGAAUCCCCCCUCUGUCUGUGGAGACUCCAGUCACCGCUAACAUUCAGAGGAUUGGUAAACCUGUCUUUGACAGUGUUAGAAUCGACGUCACCAAAUUCGAAAAUGCACCCGUAGAUGAGGUUGUUACCCCGGUUACAGCCAGAGAUCCAUUGCCAGGGAGCACUCUUGUGUAUGAAAUCCGAGGUGAUGGAUUAGCCGGGGAAUACUUCAAGAUUGGAACUGAUGGAGUGAUCCGAAUUAACAAGUCCCUGUUUCUGGAUGAUAAUAAAACACCAACAUACAGGAUUCGAGUGGUGGCUUACAGACAGACCGAUCCACUACAGCAGGCCGAGGCAUUCGUCUAUGUGUUGGUAAUCAGAAAUCCAAACCAACCCUUCUUCUCCCAUGGAAAUCUGGAAACAACCAUCAAUGAGAAUACAGAAAUAUCUUCAUUUAUUAUUAGUGUCAACGCUACUGAUAAUGAUCAAGGAGAAAAUGGGGAGAUUGUGUACUUCUUUAGCAGUCAGGAGUCACAGCCUGUUUAUGCAGCAAACUAUUUUUACAUCAACCCCACCACUGGUGACAUCACCUUGUCUGCCAGGCUGAGGGAUGACCCAAACACUCCUCAAUACCAGUUGCGAGUCAUUGCUAGAGACAAGGGAGUCCCAAGUAAGCAGGCUGGGGUCACUGUCACAAUAAAGAUAGAGAGAAAUCCUCAUCCUCCAUCAUUCAUACAAAGGUCGUACGAAGCUGAUGUCAAUGAGAGUAUACCUGUGGGAAGCUCAGUCAUUCAACUUGCUGCUCAGGAUCUGGAUGGAGAUCCAAUUGUAUAUAGCAUCAACUAUGACCCCCCAGCCUCUUUAUAUUUUAACAUUGACGGUAACACAGGUUUGAUCAGAACAGCCACAACCCUUUACCAAGACGAAGCUGACCGAUAUGUGCUACUUGUCACAGCUUCAGACCAGACCCUCCAAGGAACUGCCACUGUAACCGUCCGAGUUCAUCGUAACGUCCACAGACCCGUAUUUGCUGACCCUACCCACACGGUGACAAUCUCGGAAUACGAGGAUCUUAACACUAUCAUCUACCGUGUGGUGGCCACAGAUAAUGAUAACAAUCGCAGCAGCAGUGGAAUUCUGAGAUACUCCCUUCUAAGGACCAGCGGUUCUGUCUUUAUCAUCAGUCCUACCACGGGAGAAAUUCAACUCGCACAGUCACUGACUAACAACAAGACUGCAGACCAAUACACUCUCACCGUCAUGGCAAAGGAUGUCUCAAGUAAUCCCAAAAAUGCUACUGGAACUGUCACUGUCAACAUUGUCCGCAACCAAUUUACUCCCGAGUUUAAUUCACAAAGUAACAUAACAACGGCUAAAGAUUUAGACAGUUAUGGGACAUCUAUAGUCAAUGUUUCAGCAAUUGAUAGAGACAGAGAGAAUCCAUAUAGUGUAAAUACACCCAAUGCUCAGGUUGUUUAUUCCUUGCCAUCAGAUCUAUCGACAGAUAAUAGGUUCUUCCAUAUAACCCCAGAAGGAAAUCUGAAAGUAACACAGCCACUGCCAACAAAUGCAGACAAGACUGAGUUACCUGUACGAAUUAGAGCUUGUGAUAAGAGCUGGAAUCAAAAAUGUUCUGACAUACAAUUGAAUAUUCCAUUAACUCAUCAUGGAAGCCCAGAAGGUCGACUUGGUUUUAAACAACCAGUUUAUUACAAAGAGGUGCCAGAGAACUUUCCACUGAGUAACGUCAUUGUAGAGAUGGAUGUGGAGUACCAAGGAGCCUCCUCCAUCAAAUGUACCAUUGCAGAUAAGAACAUGGAAAACAGGUUCUCUACUAAAAAUGAUAAUCUCAACAAAAACUGUCAGCUUAUAUUGCUUCACCAGCUGGACUUCAGUGUACAGGACAAGUACAACGUAACAGUGACUGUGACAGCUGAUGACUCACAAACCAGGAGAAAGAGACAGAUAUAUGUAUACAACACCUACCCCACUGCCACUGUGAUCAUCCAAGUACUGGAUGUGAAUAACAAUCCUCCACAGUUUGUCUAUCCCAUGUAUCCAGUUAAUCCAGUAGAACUAAGGAUGUACUUUGGAGCUAUAGCCAAUGACAGCAGGCCAGACCAACAGAUACUGGAGGUCCACGCUAGAGAUCUGGAUCUAGGUACCAAUGGCAGAGUGACUUACUCAAUCAAAGACAACUCAGGAAUUCCAGCAAACCCACCGUUCAGUCUUGCUGCUGAUGACGGAAUGGUCACUACCAAGAGAGAUCUGUCCGCAGAGAUGCAGAAGCCUGCUCAGUAUCGCUUCAAGGCUGUAGCCACAGAUAACCCUAUUCUGUUCUCACAAAGGCAAACAGAUGAAGCCAAUGUCUAUAUAAACUUGAUUCAUCCAUUCCAUCGGUUUGUGAUGGUGUUCCAAGAUAGAAGUCCAGAGGAUAUACUACCAAAGAAAGAGUUCAUCAGACAAGUUAUUCAGAAUGUGACAAGAAGGGUGGCUAUUAUUGAGAAGGUUGAGAAGAAACGUUUUCUCAAUGACAUGCAGAAUGUUUUGACAGACACAAGCACUGUACCUGACUCUGAUUUAUACUUUGUUCUACAACAAACCAUUGAACCAUACCACCUGAUCAACAAUACAGAACAGGAUACAUUAUUCCCAGAGAAUGUGCAGGAUGAAUUGAAGAACAGAAUAGGUGGAGAUCCCAGCCUGAAGGUCAUCAUCAUCCGGAAGCCAUUUGACAGUCAGGCCAGCCGUAUCUUCCAGCUGAGCAAGUCCUACGUGUGGUGGCUGGACGACCCCUGGGCAGCUCUCGUCGCCCUGGCCGCCAUCUCAAUACUCCUCUGUCUCGUUGGACUCAUUGUCAUCAUUUUCACUCACUCAAGGUAUACAAGGUAUAUUAAUGAGUAUGCAGCAGCUAUGAAGGUGUAUGAUCAACCAGAGUUUGUAGAACCACCAAGUUUCCUUAGGGAAUAUGAAACACAGAGUUUAAAUAUGUACGUCCCACCUGAUGAGGCAGUUCAGGAUUCAGGGGAAAUCAACCUGACAUUUGAAGGAGAUAACUUAGUAGCAGCAGAACAUAUAGGUGGAGACCAGGGAAUUACUUCAGCAGUUAAUCCCAUUUACCAAGAAGAUGAUUCACAGAUUCAACAACCAAGGCCAACAGGAUUUACAGAGAGUACAACGAUGUUGUGAUUGUAGACAUUAAUAAACUUAACUAGAGACUUGUUUAAGGCCAUCAAUAUAUUUAUGGCUACGCACUCCAUUCUGCGGCUUCUAAUUUUUCAUUUGCAUAUAUUCCUCACAUCCUCCAUUUUAACCCAUCAUGCCCCAGAAGUACAGGAGUGCAGUUAUUUUUUCCUAAACAAAGAAGAUGGAUUGCAACAAAUAAAAGUGAGAAAACUCAGGCAAAUGUUAUCAUGAAAUUCCAUAGAGGUGCCAAGGGAGGAGAGAAUUUCAAAAAACUAUUUCUUGAGUGCUAUUGUGCAAAUAUUCUAUGCAGAUUUAAUUAUAAUUUAUUAAUUUUUUUUACAAAAGUUAGUGCUGAUCGAAUGACAAUAAAUUAUUUUAUAGAUUCCUAUUAUGUUUUUCCACAAGAUUUAUUUUUUCUAAGUAUCAUACAAGAAACAUAUCAUGGAUUAUAAAAGGCAUAUCAAACUUUCUUUUUUAGUUGCAUUAAGUGUUUGUUACAUUCCAUGACAUUUAUAUUAUGAAAAAUGUGAUUAUUAUGUUAUUUUUCAUGAAAAUUUUUAUAGUGAAAUCUUAGCAGUUAAUGUGAUUUUACAGGUGUUUGUGAUAUACAAUGUUAUAUUUCUAUAUACAGGUAGAAUUUUGACUUUUUUUUUGUACAAUUGACUCGUCUAUCAGUGUACGUAGUUUGCUGAAUUCACUUCGAAAUGUUCUGUAAAAGCUUGCCAUCAUUCACAAUGUUGGGUGUAUAAUUUGUUUGCCAGUAUAGUGUGUUUGAAUGACAGGAAAUGAGAAGCACAUAUUUCAACAAUUUGUAUUUUUUUAUAAACAAAUAUACUCUAUUUUUCAAUAA